AUGCCCUCAGAAACAGAUCCACGUGCUUAUGCAUACCUUGUCGGUGUCGGAGUGACCCACUCUAUCGCUCCACCAAUGCACAACUACAUUGCAAAAGCACUGGGCCACGAUUGGAAAUUCCUCGCUAAAGAGUGUCCGACAGUGGAAGAUGCCGUUCAACUCUUUCGACGAUCCGACUUCGCCGGUGGAGUAGUGACCAUGCCUUACAAGCGCACCAUCAUGGACCACCUCGACGGUCUGGACGAAUACGCUAUUCGGCUGGGGGCAUGCAACAACGUAUACCGGACGGCAGACGGAAAAUUAAGAGGCACCAAUACAGACUGGCGCGGGAUUAAGGGAUGUUUGCUGGGAGCGAGCGAAGCAGGCAGGGGAAAGCCGGCGGUGCUCAUUGGGGCUGGGGGAGCUGCGCGGGCGGCGAUAUUUACUCUACACGACCAACUCGAAUGUCGGCAGAUCUAUCUCGUCAAUAGAGAUCGCGAUGAAGUAAAGGCCCUCUUGGAAGAAGCAAAAAAGGUGUACGGUGACGGUUUGGACAUCGUUUACGUGGAGCGCGUCGAGCAGGUCAAAGGUCUCGCCAGGCCGUACUACAUCGUGGGCACUGUUCCGGAUGCCGAGCCCAGCACCCCCGACGAGGUGGAAGUUCACCAGAUUAUUAAGUCAUUUUUAUCCACUCCCCAAGAGAAGGGCGUUCUACUCGACAUGUGCUUCAAGCCACGAAAGACGCGAAUCCUGCAAGCUGGGAAGGCAAAUGGCUGGAAGACUGUUGAGGGCACUGAGAUUAUCGGCCACCAGAUUCAUGAGCAGUACCGACUAUGGUGCGGCGAGGAAGAAGGUACCCAAAUACCUGUGAGUGAGGCAUGGGCAGUGCUUCGAAGAGCAGCCGAAGAAAGUCCGGCAAUCAAUUUCUAA